UGGUAGUAAUAUUUAUAAUAAUGUACUCAGUUUUAUUAGUGAUAACCCUUAUUUUGGCAUGCAACGGUGCUGUAAUUCUUAGUGACUACCAUCACGACUAUGGACUGGCAUUUGGGCAUGCUCCUGCCAUUGCGAUAAGUCAUGCACCAGCUGUCAUUGGACAUAAAGAGGUUGAUUAUUACACACCGCCAAAGUAUGAGUUCCAAUAUGGAGUAGCCGAUCAUCACACGGGGGAUAACAAGGAACAGAAGGAGGUUCGACAUGGAGAUACAGUUCAUGGUGAAUAUUCAGUCAAAGAGGCGGACGGUACUAUUCGAACUGUCAAAUAUACAGCUGACGAUCACAAUGGAUUCAAUGCUGUAGUUUACCGACAUGGUCACGCAUUGCAUCCCACUGGACAUCAUCAUCAGGCUAUAGGAUAUGGACCCAUCGCAGUUUUACAUUAGAAUAUAUUUAAAAAUAAUUCUUCAAUAGUCAAAGUAUAGUAGUAUAAUUAUAGUUUAUAGUGUCUUUUUUAUAAUGUAGUAUGUAGUGACAGGUAUAUCAAUUAUUAAUUAGACAUUAGUUAAUUCAAAUCUAUAGUAAAGUAUGACAUUGGGUCAAGUUUUCUUCAUGAGGUUUGAUUAAUUAAAACACUAGUAACUUAAACACAGCGUUAUAACAGAAAGUAAUCAGUAUAAUGAUUUUUUUUCUUUUAUUAACACUAAAUCUUUUAUCAUAUAACUAUAGUUUUAAUUUUAAUCAAUUCUUAAGUCAAGAUUAAUGUCGAAUAGUGAAGUGGGUUAUUUCGUGUAUUCUCGCCUAACUUUGUCUCGUCUCGGCUUAUUUUCACCAGACGAGGAAACACGAAAAGCCUCUCUUCUUUUUGACCUACUUCGGCUUAUCGGGCUUAUUUCGCGAGUAGUAUAGAGGCCAUUUUAAAAUUUAAUAAAGUUACAACAUCUGUGAAGCAUAAUAUAUGAAGAAAAUUUGACUCAAAGUUAACAUAAUUCUAUUUCUUUGUAUAUAUUACUGUAAUUUUGUGUUUGAAAUAAAACAACUAUCAAAUCUAA